GGACAGUGAUUUUUCUCCCGACUUUCUUUCCCGAUCCUCGUAAAGAGAUGUCAAAGGCCACCCUGAAUAGAUAUCAGUAUCUGUGUGAUGUCAUUCCACAGCUUCCAGGCAAGUGUGUUAGCAUGAUAUAAUGACUCAGUGUACUUACACCCGGCAUAGAAACCCAAACUUCCAUUGUUACUACACAGGUAAUACAGGAUUUCACACGCAUGGACUCUCUGUACCAGUCCACACAGAUUCUAGUUUUUCCACACGGGACAAUUGAAAAUACUGUCAAUUUGGUGCACUUACAAUUUUCCUGACAAGGUGCGAAUGAUUUGCAGUAAAAACCAAAACAAAAGCAUGCCAUGGAGUCACUAUAAUAGCCCCACGUUUAAUGAAAUCGCGCGUGACUCAUGCAAUUGCCAUGCGUGUACGGGCCACUUUGGCAGGUGAAUUCCAGGGCCGGCGUUGCCUCUGUGGAUCCUCUGUGGGGAGCGUGGAUAGAGAACUUCCUUGUAGCAGCAGGGUGGAGUCUCUGCAGGAGGCUUGUUUCUCCCCCCUCUCCUCUCCCUGUAAGGCACAGUGUGCGGGGCAGCAGGCACCGAGGCAGAGCUGGUCACCGACGGAACUCUCAGCGGCCUCUCGUUCAGGAGCAACAGGUAAGGAGACUGAAUCAGGAACAGGAUGCUUUACACUGAGCUACUACAGUUGUGGGAUGAGUCCGUGCAGGCCGUGGACGCCAAGGACUGGCAAGGAGCUCUGAAGAAACUCAAGCAGAUUAGCGAGCCCAAUUCUCGCACCCUGUUCAACACCGCCUCAGCUCACCUGGCCCUGGGACAGCUGGACCUGGCCAUGAAGGCUUUAGACCUCACCAUCGUCAAGGACGAACGUCUCGCCGUUGGCUUCUUCCAGAGAGCAGCAGUGAUGAUGCAGGUUGAGAGGUUGGAGGAGGCUCUGUCAGACUGCAUCUGGGCACAGAAGCACAUGCGAGGCAACGCAGUCAUUGACUACACACAGCUGGGACUGCGAUUCAAACUCUACAGCUGGCAGGUUUUAUAUAACGCAGCAGCUGUGUACUGUCGGAUGGGCCAGUGGGAGCAGGCCAGGGACGUCCUGCUGUCGGCCGCCCAGGAGCGAGGAGGGGGUCGGGGGGGGAACAUCGAGGUGGCUCUGGACGGCGUCAUGGGGAAGCAGCUCCCGGAGGCCCUGCUGGUGCCUGUGGGCGAGGUGUUCCGGCCCCGGAAACAGGACGUGGAGCAGCUGCAGCAGAGAGACUUCCUGGGCAAAGCAAAGGUCAUUUCCUCCAUGAUUCCCAAUGAUGAUUUUGGCGGAUUUGAACCCCUGCGGACACAGAAACCCGGUUUCUACGAGCCCAGGCUGGACGGAGCUCAGGAUUCUCGCUACAUGCGCGUGCGUGGCCCCCACAUGGCUCGGGGCAGAGGGCAGCUGACCGUGCCGGGCGGGGCCAUGGUGUUUCUGUUCGGCGAGGAGGACAGGGACGGGAUGGCGACUGUCAUAUACGACGGACAGAGAGGACUUCUGCCAGUGUCCCUGCUUGAUCCUGUCGAUGUCAAGAUGUCCAAAGGCAAAAAGGAAAAUAAGUUCCCCAGUGGGAUCCCCUUCCCGCCGGGACUCAAGCCCCCCACCCGUCCGAAGGGCCAGUCCAGCCCCGCGGCUCCUCCCCGGGAACAUUUUACCUCCGACACUCCACCUCCAUCCUACACCGCCGCCACCCACGCCGCGCUGCCAGCCUCGGAGCCUCCCAACGCAGCCGGCGACCAGCCUGCCGGCUCAGCUGAGGUGGAGGACCUGGGCUCUGUGGUGGUGAAGGUCCACUACACGUACACCGUGGCUCUGUCCGUCCCGCUGUACGCGCCGUACCGCGACGUGAAGGGACUGAUUGCACAGAAACUGGGCCAGCCCGCGUCUCAGCUGCGCCUCAGACAAAAGCCACAUGGCUCCCAAGUGCUGAUCCCACUGAGAGGGGAGGCGGAGCCAGACCAAACCAUGCAGGAAGUGGCUGAGGCCGGCAGGGCCACCCUGUGGUGUCAGAGAGAGGACCCCCUGGUCAACUAUACCAUCCUCUACCAGAUGGUGGCGCUCUAUGACUACGCCGCUCAGGGCCCGGAGGACUUGGAGUUCAGCGAAGGGGACACCGUGGACAUCCUCGGGGAAGUUAACGAGGAAUGGCUGGAGGGACACUGCGCGGGAAAUAUCGGCAUCUUCCCCAGCUGCUUCGCCUACAGGGAGGACGCCAACUUCACCCAGGGCCGAGUCCUCGAGGCCGAAGAGACACUGUACAGUAAUGCCCAGUGAACCCGUUAACGGUGGCUGUUUAUAGGCCCAGAACAACUGAACCCCCCCCCCCCCCCCCCCCCCCCCCCCCCUCCCUCUCAGUGCAUCAUUAAGUCAGCACUGAUUUUAUUGAGAUUUAAAAUAACUUCUGUCCCAUAUGGUAUCACCGUAACGUUGCUAUAGUGGCUCAGAGUGAAGGUACACUGGACGUCCAUGAAGGUGCUGAAGAGUACGUUUAUAUUAACUUAAUUUUGACUUUUUAACUUUUCUAUGUCCUAUGUUUUUUUCUCUAUAAUUUUCCUGCGGCAGACGGUGCAGUGGCUAUCACUGUCCCCUCACAACAAGAAGGUUUGAUUUUAUUUUUAUGUAUCUCGUACAAUCAACAACAAAGAAAAAAUUUGAUGAAAACACAAAGAUAAACACAAACAGAUAAAUCACUCCGAUUCGGUCAAAGAACAAAACAAGGAUGCGUUCGAGAAGGAACAUGCAGAAGCAUAGUGCUUAUAUAGUCCUGCCCCAACUUUACAAUAUCAUAUUAUUACAGAAAAAAACUAAUAUAUGUAUACAUACUGCAAGAAUGCAGGUCAUACAACAACAUAUUGUACAACAGUACACUAAACUUAGUUACUAUCUAACUAACUUCCUCCUUUCUAACGGUCAAAUAUUGUUUACUUGGAUGUAUUUUUGAACUGUAUUAUAUUAUGGCUUUGUUUGAUUUCAUGGUUUAGUCCAGUCCACAAGGUCACCGCACAAACUGAAAUACACAUGCUCUUGUUUGCAUGUCGUCCCUCAGUCAACUUAGGUUGAAGUGGCCUUCAGGUGAGAAUGUGGGCGUGGGACCGGCUCCAGCCCCCCACGAACACAACCGAUAAGUGCUAUUGAUGAUGGCUGGAUGGAUGCCUCCAGUAUGAUAUUAAAAUGAAGGUUUAAACUGUUACCAUAUCAAACUUUGUGAUAUUUCCAUUCAAUUUUAUAUCAAAUUAAAGUUCACAGGCUUACGUCCACAGGCUUAUAAUGAAUUUUAAGUGUGUUGAGGUCGCUGUGCACUGCCAUGGGGGCGAACAUUGUAUUCUGAUAUGUUUUCCCAAUGACGUUACUGAAGAUGUGUAAUGUAAUCUCAUUCGUAUCCUUUCAGCUGUGUGGAGUUGGAACGUAAAGAAUGAAUAAAAGUAUCUUGCAAUGAA